AUGUCAGACGGGAUACGAGAGGCGUGGACGCUGCACGGCGAGGGUCCACCGUGGUCGCCAAGUUGGAGCUGAACUUGUGAUCAUGGGAGCGCUAAAAAUUACGUUGAAAGCUUGAUGGCGGCUAGGACUGUCGGUUACGCUCUCAACCUGCAACCUUUUUGACUCGUGACGCCUGACCUGCUCACUCCACUUCGCGUGCCGAAAGCCCCCGAAACCAUUCUCAAUUCUUCUGCACACUGUCUUCGCAAGCAGUCGAAGUUCGAGCAGCAAUGGAGAGCGCUUCAGGACCGUCGAUCGGGGUCCCGGAGGUGCGGCUUAGCUCCGCCGCCGCUGGGAGCCGCCCGAUGCCGGUGAUCGGCCUGGGCACGGCGGCGGAACCCCUCGACGCGGUCGCGAUGAGGUCGGCGGUGCUGGAGGCGAUCAAGCUCGGCUACAGGCACUUCGACACGGCUUCCAUGUACGGAUCGGAGGAGCCGCUCGGGGAAGUCCUGGCCGAAGCGCUCGGGCUCGGGCUCGUCGGCUCGAGGGCUGAGCUCUUCAUCACCUCGAAGCUCUGGAGCAGCGAUGCUCAUGCUGAUCGCGUUGUGCCUGCACUCAGGAAGUCGCUGAGCAAUCUUCAACUGGAUUACCUUGACCUCUAUCUCAUCCACUGGCCAAUCAGCUGUAAGCCAGGGUCGUACACGUUCCCUGUGGACGAAUCUGACCUCAUGACAAUGGAUUUCGAGGCAGUCUGGGCAGCCAUGGAAGAAUGCCAGAGGUUAGGUCUCACAAAGUCCAUCGGAGUCAGCAACUUCUCUUGCAAGAAACUCGGAAACAUCCUCAGCUUCGCCAAGAUUCCUCCAACAGUAAAUCAGGUGGAAAUGAACCCUCUCUGGCAGCAGAAGAAGCUGAGAGAGUUCUGUAAAGCGAAUAACAUCAUCAUCACCGCAUUCUCUCCCUUAGGAGCUCCAGGAACGAAUUGGGGAACAAAUGAAGUCAUGGAGAAUGAAUCUCUGAAGGAAAUUGCGAAGGCUCGGGGAAAGAGUAUUGCCCAGGUAUGUCUGAGAUGGCUAUAUGAGCAAGGAGUCACUUUUGUGAUGAAGAGCUUCAACAAGGAGAGGUUGAAGGAGAACCUCAGCAUCUUCGACUGGGAACUGACGGAGGGUGACCACGAGAAGAUCGAGCGGAUCCCACAGAAGAAAAUGAUGCUCAAGGAAGAGUUUGUCUCAGCCAAAGGGCCAUUCAAAUCUGUGGAAGAACUUUGGGAUGGAGAGCUCUGAAGCUUGGAUUGAAAUGGCACUCUUCUCCAGGACAUGGGGCUUGAGCCUUUGUCCAGCAUCUUCUCUAUUGGUCCUGUUGAGUGGAUUCUUGGUGU